AGUGAAUGAAUGAAUGUCAGUUUAACGAAAAUUAAAGCAAACAUUUAAGUACUUGUUAAUUUUUUGUAUUGAUUUUGUUACAGUUAUAUACUAUUAUAUUGAAAAUUUAAUAAGUCAACGGAAAGUCGUGACACUUAACAUGAGCUGUACAAAUAACUCUGCAGAGUUUUCACAGUACCUCCAGUCAAUUGUUAAACUGGAGGAACUACAAAAAAUGACCGAAGACUUGGACAAAGAGUUAGAAGACUCGCAAAGGGUGAUGUCUGAAAUAAAAACGAUAUUCAACAGCAUCCCGAACGUUCAGAAUAAUAGGCCUCAGCAGAAUAACGGGCUAAGACAUGAGGAUUUAUCGCAAUUCCUCGUUGCUAAUGUGCCGAAACUAAUAAUGCCGGAUAUGCCCGAUAGCACUGUCGAUGUUGACCUAGACAAUGUUAUAGCGACGAUGAAGAGCUACGCCGAAGAUCUGAGGAAAAACUUCGUGGUCCCGAACUCUCAACAAGAACAGCCACACAGGGAAUUUGAAAAUCUAGAUUUGGAACAGUAUGCGUCCAGUCUAGAUGAGUUAUCAAAGCGAUUGAUGAACAUGAAACUAAAUAAAACCUCGGAAGGUUUUAAGAAGAAUGACGAACUGGAGGCUAAGUUGACUCAGUUAUGUGAGGAUGUUAACAUGUUCACACAGAUGGUCCAAUCAAAGUCUAAGCUAAGUGAAGCUAACAAGAACUGGUCUCGGACACAGUACCACAAUACAGCUUUGCAAUAUGACAAUUUAAUCAAUAAACUGCUAGUGGGUGUCAAUGAGGUCACAUAUUUACUGAAAAAGAAACAAUAAACAGAAUCCUAAUUUUCUCGUACAUUAAUAUUUGUGUAUUCAGUUUUCUAUAGGUAAAACCUAAAACAAAAAUAAUGUUACUGUGUUAUGCUUAUAAAAAUAUUAUUUCCUACAAGUUAAACUUGGUACAUUGUAGCUCAUAUCUAGCCAAAAAAAUAUCUAAUUUAUUCCAAUUUUAUAUUUAAAUAUAUUUUUUUUUUAUAUUUAAUUUUUGAUUUCAAAAAAUAACUGGCUUUCCACCUGUAGCUUCGCUGUGUUGACUACAUAAUUUUAGUUAUCCUGCCUUCUCCAAAAAAUCAAAUCUAUCUUUAUAUUAGUUUAGAUUUAUUUAUUUUACAGUGUGAAUUUAAUAUUUAAUAAUUUAAAAGAACAUUAAUUCUAAGGUUUUAUAUGCAUGUUUAAAUUAAAUAUUUUACCUUUCAAAUUAAAAUUAUUUUAAUGGCUAUAUCAGUAAUGGUAUUUUUAGAAAAAUAUUGAUCUCAUUAUGUUAUAUGAAUAAAGUUCAUUAAAUCUUUUAUAUUAUAUGAUGUAAAAAAUUCAACUCUAUUGGAAAUGCGUUAGGAAAUAUGCACAAUUUCUUUGCUCCAUUUUUUUUUAAUAUUUAAAACAGGUAGUUAUAAAUUCAACUCAAUUUGUUUUUAAGAAUAUGUUAAUUGUAUUAUUAAAGUGCGAAAUAUUAAACACAAUAAAGUAC